AUGUUCCGAUGUUCCGAAAGCAGAAAACUACCGCCCUCACCAGGCCCUCACCAACAUCUUGUUGUUUUCUCAACUACCAUGUCCGAUGGCUCACAGCUAAGGCAAUCAUGGUAUUCCGCUCUGAGCGAUGUAGAGGCACACUUUCGACAAUUAUUAACAUCGUCGGCCUCGGAAUGGAGGCGUCUUUCAACGUCCACGGAUUCAGCCACGAAGCAAAAGGGCAAGGCGAAGGCCUCGUCGAUUCCAGAAAUCACGGAUGUCGUCGUUCACCGCAAUUCGAGUAAGUCGGGAGAGGAUGUGUAUAGGAUGGUGUUGGAUGUCCCAACUGGCGAGGAACCUGUGUCACUGGAGCCUUGGAAGGCUGUCCUCACGACCCCGGAGCUGAGACAGGAAUGGGAUCCGUCGGUUGAGGAUGCACACUUGGUGGAGGUGUUUGACCACAUUACCCGCAUCGCGAAGACCAACUAUACAUUAGGAUGGCCUGCAAAUCCCCGCGACUCUGUCACUAUUUCACGAGCAUUUCACGACAACACGACCCUCAUUGACAUUACGACUUCUCUACCCCGCUCACCCGACGAACCCGCGUUCUUGCGACCGUCACCGCCCUUCGUCAGGUCCCACGUUACUCUCUUCGCCUGGUGCAUCCAGUAUGUCCAACCUCAGCCGCCCUCUCCAACAGAGAACAAGAAGUCCGGCAGUGGAGGAAGGCUGCGGAUAACAUGCUUCUGGCAACACGACCUCAAGGCUCUCUGGGGCUUUGGAUUAUCAACGUCUGCUUUAACUCAACAGCUGUCGACCAUGACGCUCAGCCUCUUCAAGACAGUCAUCAAACGCGGAGGUCGUGUUCCCAAAUUGGUUGGAUAUGGGAAUGGUGUCUCGAUCGAACGUGUGCGGUAUCAAAUCGACCGCGAGGCGUUGACUCUGGACUAUGUGAUCAUACCCGACGACGAAGAGCACCAUGAGCUGGGGUUGCAGGGGAUGGAUGAGCUACACGCGUUGAGGGAGCACAGAAGGUUAACGCGGUCUAUUGAGUGUGUUCUUCCGUCACUUGAAGGAUGGGACGUCCAGAUCACGAUGAAGGGUUCUUCCGACGAGGUAGAGAACAUCCCUUGGUCCGCAAGCGCGAUGCGGAGCAGAUCCAACCCGUCAACAUUCUCUCCUCCAGACCAAAUUCUGCUGCGGAUAACUCAUGGAGCACUUACAGACGAUGAUGCCGUUCUGAAAGUGAAGGUGGUCAUCGAGGUCUCUGGAGGCACACGUGGGCUGCGACUAAACGGAUUGGCCACCAAGAUCUAUGACUUAGAGGAACGUGACCCCUCAUCGCGAUUUAUUCCGCAGAAGAUACUACAGGAUGUGGCUAGUGCGGUCGACUUGAGCUUCCAAACGUCCUCCUCAGUUGGCACUGCCAGUAGCGUCACAUCGUCAACCACCGGCCAACCCUUGAUUCGGCCUCACACAGAACGGACCCCAGCUGCUGAGAAGUCGAUUCUGUCGAAGGUUAAGAGGAACUAUAUCUACUUCUCGUCCUUGCUGCAAGAACCAGAAGCCAAGUGGAGGCGAACUACCGAGGCCCGUGGAGUGUCGAUAACCCAGCUGGAUUCGAUUGAUCCUACCUUGGUGGUGUAUCGAGCUGAAGCUACGUUCGUCGGCGUGAAUUUAUGGGACCUGUAUGCCGCCGUGAUAUCACCUGGGGCACGCACGUAUUGGGAUAAGCAGCACGAAGACGGCGUGCUCCUUGAGGAUGUCAACGAACUAACGGAGCUCUGGCACUUCAGGACCAAGCCAGCGUGGCCAGUCAACGGAAGAGACUCGGUUCUGCUCAAGACAGUAUAUAAAUCGCCCACUGCGAUACACGUAUUCUCUUUCUCGGCAGAUGACCCCCAUCUCUUUCCCCUUAUCCCACCUGCUGACGCCAACGUCAUUCGGACCCAGGUCGACUUGCAAGGCUGGGCGAUUGAGGCGCUAUCGCCAACGACCACCCUCCUUACUCUCCUCGAGCAGUCAGACCCCAAAGGAUGGACGAACAAGACCUCGAUACCCACGCAGAUGAUCAAUACUUUGGCAGGUAUCGGCGAGUUCGCGAUCAAAUGCGGAGGACCACCCGUUGUGACCCGCCUGGCGGGUUCCAAGGCCAACGAGCUUCGAUAUGACCACGACAAAGGAAGCUUCAAGGUCGAAUACGAGCCCUCGCUGAAUCGCCGACCAACAUCAUCGAACAGCGCCCAGGGUGCCUCGGAGGGUCAAGACGACAGCAGUUUUCCAGGCAUCGAGUGCGAGAUCCGAUGUGAUAUCGAUACCUGGGGUGCAUCACUGGACAUCGUGGUCGACCCACCGCCUCAGACGAUCACCUGUCUGCGACGGCAUCGGCUCUCCGUCGAAGGGGGUGGACUGUGGUUGACGUUGACACACGAUUCGAUCUUUGUGGACGAUGAGCGGCUCCUGGCCAUCGUACGCCGCGCACCAGGAAAGGAGAAAGGUCUGGUGAUGGUCAAUGGCGCAAAGGUCCAGGUGGACAUCGAGGAACUGCCCGAACAAGAGAUCAAGAUGUUGACGAAGCAGAAACGAGUGAAACCUCCACGAAUACCGCUGGAUCAGCCGCCCGUCAUGGGUGUCAUUCGCAGACGAAAGGCGGAAUGGAGUGGCGAGGGAGAGAGUAAUGGGACGAACUCGAAGAGCCCAGAUGCGAAUGGAACGGCACCAAGGAUUUCCAGCCCACUCGCAAAAUUCUUCACAUACUAUGUCGACCAAGCGACGACAACUACCCAGCAAGCCGUAGCUGCCAUGUCUCCUGCCAACUCGUCUGGAGGCGCGUCCAACCUGGAUCCGACGAAAUUGCCUAUGCAAUACGCGCUCGAAGCAUUGGCAUGGACGCAGGAGUUCAACUCUCAGCCUCAGUCGCCAGAUGGUUGGACGGUGGUUAGCGACAAAGGCAUGGUCGUCCAACGCAAGCCUAUGUCAGAAAUAUCUCCAUUUAUCCCGGUCCACAAGGGGUUCAAGGUCAUCGAAGGCGUCUCAGCGGAAGAGCUGGCGGCGGUUAUUAUGGAGAGCGACUGUAGGAAGACGUGGGACGAACGGUUCGACUCGGCGUCGGUCCUCCAGUCGUACGGGGCUUCAGCAAGGACGAGUUUCCUCGUAGCGAAAGGAGGGUUCCCGUUCCGCGACCGCGGGUUCUAUAUUGCCAGUGUCAUGGCCCGCGCACCUAACGCAUCCCAAGCGUCACUCUCCCGGAGGAACAGCGGGGUAGCAGAGCAGUCGCCCACAGCACGUAACGCCAUUUUCUGCGUGUCUGCGUCGUUCAGUCCAGACUCGGACGCGGCGCGUGCCUUCUCUGCAGCGAAGUACAACCCAUACACUCUACCCAUCGGUCGAGUAUACGUCGAUGCAUGGAUCCUCGAGACGCUCGACCCGUACACGAAGGAGAAUUACGCCAUACCGUCGGCACGGUGUACACGCCUCGUAGCAGUGGACUACGCAGGCUCGAUACCCGCUGCUGUCAACUCGAUGAUCAACGCUGCGCUUGCGAGGAGCGUAUUGGGCGUCGAGGCCUACAUGAGGAACAACGCGCCGAAGGCUGCGCUGCCUAUUAUGCGUCUACCUGCGCCUGGUUUCGUGAUUAGCGACCGACGACCUGAGGCGGAGCUUGGGGCUGCGACGUCGUCGACAGGUGGUAGUGGUGCGGGUGGAAGUAGUGCUGAAGGUGGUACCGGUUUGGGCACGGUGGUCACAGCUCCGUUCAUGGCUUGGAAGUUGAGGAAGAGAGACGAGAGUCGGGUUUUGGUCGACACCAAAUUCGAUGUGGAGAAGAGGGUCUAUAAGAGCAGUGUUUUGGUGGUUCUGCCAGCGAAGAAGGGUAGUGGAAGUAGUGGGUUCAGUGCUAGGGGGAUGUCGAGGAGAGAGCCCUCAACCGCGACGAUCGUUGGCCAAAUCACACCCAAACCGAGUCGGCUCGUCCUCAGCACGAGCCCUCAUGGGAGGCAUAGGAUCGCCUUAGAGUCAGUGCAUUCAGACGCGGAGCCUCCAGACACCGGUACUACUACGAAGGACGCCCGUAGCGCCCCUGCAGACAUCGCAGCUCCAACACCGAUGCUACCCAUGCCCGGGUCGAUGAUCCACACACCGGGCCUCCCACCCAGUACAAGCUUCCCAACUACAUCGACUACCACCAGCUCGAUAUCCGGCCUACCUGCUUCUUCGUCUGCCUCUGCAUCGCUCAACGUCCAUCCGAACGCCCCUUCUUCGUCCUCGUUCUCCCAGACCUCCACACCGGCCUCGCCACCGCGAAACGCGACUAUGACACCUAACGCACGUGGGUCGUCGUCGAUGUCCGUCUCGCCGCCCCCGCGUCUGCGCCAGCGCGCAGUUUCGUCGGGCGCAGGCACGCUCGCGGCGCCCUCUUCGUCUGCUUUUUCACAACCGCAGGCGCACCAGCAGUAUCAUACGGAGGGGGGUGUUGUCGUUGUGGAUUCGAAGGUUUAUUAUUCAAGUGAGAAUGGGAGUGGAGGGUAUGAGGUCGUCGUAAAGGCACGCAGGCGGAAGGCGCUCAGCGCGAAGAACAACCUAUCACCAACGAAUGGAAAGACGAAAGGCCAGGCCCCUCUCCCCCUUGAACCUUUCCCCUCUGCGCCAGAUGAGCCGUCUUCCUCCUCCACUACACCCACAGGAGACCCCUCACUCGACCUCGACCUCCCAUUCGUAUUCACCCUACACACCGUCCCCGCCUCGUCCCUCCAUUCCUCCGGGCUGUCCGCUGAGCCGCCGACGAGGCACCUGCUGAGGGUGACGCUGCCCACGGCGCAGUACCACGGGAACAGCGUGUGGGACCCGCUGGAGGGGCGGAUGAGGGCGCCGCCUGAGCGGCCGGGGUGGGUUAGAGAGCUGGAGGAGGAGGAGGAGGAGGGAGGAGAGGAGGAGAGGGAUGGCGAGGAGGAGGGUGGUAAGGAGGAGGGAGGAGGAAGGGAGAAAGAUAGUGGGACGCCUAGCAUCGAUAUCGACGCGCCGUCCUCACCUACGCGGACCCAACCUCCAGAACCCCAAAACCCAUCGUCACCACCACCACCACCACCACCACCACCAUCGCUACCACCCUCAGCAAAUGCCGGAAGUGGGGGAGGCGGCAUCCUCAUCGACGUCCUCGUCCGUCCACGCACCACACCCACACCUGCGCUAUCAAACGAGAAGGACAAGGACAAGGACAAGGACAAGGACAAGAACGAGGGAUCGGUCGUGUACAUCAACGGGCGGCUCGUCCGCGUGAUAGGCGAGAAGGAGAGCCUGACGAGUUUGGGAAGGGAGGAGCUGUUGGACGACCAGACGGGGAAGAUGGGUGUGCUUUCGAGGAUCCCGAACGAGUCGGAACCCCUCCCCUUCGAGCUCAAGCUCCCCAUCGGCGUCGCUGUGCAGCUGCUCGUCCUUCCAUCGCCUUCAUCCACGCCAGUUCCUCCCUCCAGGGGUUUGGGCUUGGGGAUGGGGAUGGGUUUGCUGGGGGUGAUGGACGAGCAGGGCCUUGCCGGGGGUGUCGGACGUAUUGGGGGUAUGCCGGGUGGGGGUGUGGGAGGGAUGGGAGGUGGGAAUGGGGGGAUGGGUGGAGGUAACGAGGCUGGAGGAGCGGGAGGAGGGAAAGGAGGGGGAAAGAGUGGAGGAAAGGGCGAGGAUGUACCGGGAAUGCCGGGGACGGACGUUGGCGCGGACAACGCAGGAGGCGUGGGCGUUGGUGGUGUGCAGGGUAAUGGCAACGGGAGCAACACAGGAGGUUUCUUGGGCUUCUGGAACGUGUUGAGUGGGGCGGCUGGGCUGAGGGUUUCGGGCAAUGGUGCGGGAGUUGGACAGGGUGCGCUAGCGUCAAACGGAAACGGAAAUGGGGGUGGGCACAGCGUGUGUGGGAUUGGGCUUGGGCUUGGGGGAGCUAUUUCUGGCAUUGGCGCUGGGAGCACUGGCAGCGGGACCGGGGAAGGGCCUGGCGGUGCGACGAGCUCGGAGGGAUCGGGGUCGGGGAGCACACAGAGUCAGAGUGGGAGUGGGAGUCUGGGUGCAAGGACGGGCGCUAAUGCAGCCGGCGGGCAGGAGCAGACCAUGGGCGUGGCUGUCCGCGGGCGCGUUGAGACAGCGACGACGUUCCCGCUGUCGACGGUGGUGUUCGUGGGCCUGAUUGCGUUCCUGCUGGGGUCGCUCCUGCGCUCGCUGCUCUCACCGGCGGAUUUCAUCUAUGUGGUGACGGACAUGAAGGACGCGGAGGAGGCGAGCGCGAGCGGGGGCGUCGCGGCGAGCAUGCGUGGCUGGCGCGAGAUUAGGCGGCUGUUGGAGAUCAAGUACCUUGUGGGCGGCUGGGACUUCCAGGUGGCUGUUAACUCCUUCCUCUCCUCUUCCGUGCCUCCCUUCCCUCCCCCGGUCCCCUGCUCACCUCCGCUUCCCCGCCCACCGACGACGACGACGACGAGCACCGGUGAUAGCAGGCACAGCAGCAGCAGCACGCAGCAGUACCCGUGGGCAGCAGCAGAAGCACCAGCAGGCAGCAGGCGAGGCUGGCCAGGGCACCGCGCCGCGACUCCCUCCCAUCCCACUCCCACUCCCCCCCUCGGACCUUGUCCACCCCUUCCCCUCUUCACACCGUCCCCACUGCUGACGAGUACACCCUUCCUUCCCCAGGUCGGCCACUACGACUACUACCACCACGACCAUCCGCGACAACCACCUGGACCCGGAGGGCCACACUACUACCACACGACGACCACACACACCCCGGCGUCUCGAUACCAGUAUUCACAUCUGCACACCGUAUCCAGCUCGCCUGCCAUGGCGUCCGUCGCACCCGCAGGCCCGCCACAGCAGCAGCAGCAGCAGCCGACCCCCAUGAACACCGACGCCCCUCCGUCCACCAUCCCGCCACUCUCAUGGGAAGGAGACAAGAUGUUCAACAUCUACAUCUACGAUUAUUGCUUCAAGCGCGGAUUUCGCAAGACGGCGCGCGAGCUCAUGUCCGAGGCUGAUCUCCAGCCGGACUCGACACCGCCGAUCAACGCUAGACAGGGUUUGCUCUUCGAAUGGUGGAGUGUUUUUUGGGUAUUGUUUCAGGCAAAGUCGAAUGGAAAUGGCUCGGAUGACGCUAUGCUCUAUAUCCAGCACCAAGCAGCGCAACGACAAGCGAACCAACAACGGCUACCACCCGCAAGUGGGUUGCCACACCAGCCAACGACGCAACCACCCCCGCCCCACCCGCCACCGCAGCAGCAACCCGGUGGCCAGCCCCCGCAGAUGGUGGGAAGGAUGGUGAAUGGGAUCACCGGCGCAGGCGGCCCGAUGGCGGCCAACAGUGCGAUGGGCCUGCAGCGACCGCCCUCAUCAGCGUACCAGCCUAAUGGCAUGAUGCCGAACGGGGUCAUGAACCCCGCCGCCGCGAUGGGUGGCCAGCCGACACAGAUGGGGGGAGCCCAGCAGCACGCCCAACAGCAGCAGCAGCAAGGCGGGCAUCAGCCACCGAUGGGAUUCGUAGGUAUGGGAGGCGCGGGUGGGCCCCCAGGACCUCAACAGCAAGCAAACGGCGUCCCGCCGGGACCUCAACAGCCACAACAGCAAGGAGGGCCGCAUCCACCACCCAUGGGUGGCCCUGGGCAGCAACCCGGUGCGACGAUGCAGUUCACACUGUUGCCUGGUCAACAACGGCCUUCGAUUAACGGGCAGCAGCAGGGGCAGCAGCCCCCACAGCAACAACAACAACAGCAAGGCCGACCUGGGCCUCCAGGCGCGGUGGUGGUGGGUGGGAUGCCGAACGGGGCUGCGGGGGGACCGUUCCAGAGCCCGACGAUGGCGCAUACGCAUACGCAUCACGCACAUUCGCCGCAGACGAACGCGGGGCACCCGGGCGCGGGUGUGGGUGUGGGCGUAGGGCAGGCACCGAUGGCGGGCCUGGGCCCGUCGCCGCACAUGACGCCGAUGGGCCAGCGCAGUAUGCUCCCGCCUAGCGCGGGCGGGGGGCCGAUGAACCCGCCGACGCCACAGCAGCAGCAGGGUGGUCCGCCGACGCCUGGGUUCCAGCCUCCUGGAGGUGGUAUGGGUGGUGUGCAGCCAGGCCAGGGCCCACUCUCGCAACAGCAACAGCAGCAGCAGCAGGCGGGACAAGGCGGCCGCCCACCCAGCCGGACGACGACCCCGCGCGGAGUUCCUGUAGGCAUGAUGCAGGCGAGCCCGUCGAUGGCGCCGCGCCAGACGCCCGUAGGUCAGGUCGUCGGCGGCGGGCCGAUGGGGUCGAUGAUGGGCGGGAUGGGCAUACCGAGUAUGGGCGGUGUUAGUAUGGGCGGUGUUGGAAUGGGCGGGAUGCCGGGUAUGGGUGGUGGGAUGAGUGGAGGGAUGGGAGGUGGGAUGAGUGGGGGUAUGGGAGGUGUAGGAAUGGGCAUGGGCAUGCCGAGCGUGAUGGGCGGGCAGCCCCAGCCCCCUCAGCAGCAGCAGCAGGUGCCAGGCGCGGGUGUGGUGAUGGGUGGGCAGGCCGUCGGCGUCGGUGGUGGUAUAGGAGGGAUGGGAGGACCAGGAGGCAUGGGCCCAGGAGCAAUGGCAGGAGUGGACAUCAACCAAGAGUUCCUGCAAGUCCCGCAGACGCUGAUGGAGCAGUUCAAGAACGAGCUGGGGAUGGGGAACAGGGAUAUUGGGGCGCUGAAUAUGGGCGAUAAGGUCAAGAUCGUCGGUCUUUGGAGACAGCGAGGCGGGGGGAAACCUGGGAUGAUUGGUGCUGGGGUGCACCAGCAGCAGCGAGCAGGAGGACCGGGGCAGGGAGGGCUACAUCAGCAGCCUGGUCCGAUGCAGAGGGUGAAGCGGGGGAGUAACUCGCCGGAGGAGGAUCCAUUAUCCCGCAACGAGGCAUCACCACCCGACCGGAAGCGCGUGCGGCGCUCGCCUGCUGAACAGCCAGGAGCAGCGGGGCCGUCAUCAGCUAUGGGCGGGUACCCGCACCCCCCUGGGCCGCCAGGGCAGAACCUGCAACUCCAGCCACACCAGCAGCAGCAGCACUCGCAACAGCAACAGCAGCAGCCUAACCCCCAACAGCAGCAGCAGCAGCAGCAGCAACCGCACGGUAACCACCCCCCAGGCCACCCGCCGCCGCAUCCGGGACAGCAGCACCAGCAGCAGCUGGCACAACAGCAGCAGCAGCAGCAACAGCAGAGGAUGAUGAUGCACCAGAUGGUAGCGGCAGGGAUGAAUGGCGGGCCUGGGGGGCACCAGCAGCCGCCAGGGAUGCAGCAGCCCGGCCAGCAGCAGCAGCAGCAGCAGCAUCAGGGGCCGCCUGGUAGUGCGGGCCCGGGACCUGGGCAGCAGCAGCAGCAGCAGCAUCCUGGUUCGUUGCCUAUCACGCAGCCGCCGGUGGGUGUAGGCGCGAUGAUGCAUCCUGGGUUGAUGCACCCCAUGCACCCCAUGUACCGCCCGAACCCGAAUCAGCACAUCAAGCCAGCGGGGAUGAACCCGCCGCCGCCAGGACAAGGUGGGCAAGGCCAAGGUGGUGGCCUACCGGACCACGCGUUCAACCCCGCCGGGCCGUCGGGACCCGUACCCGGCCCCCAGUUCUCACCGACACCGCUGACGCGGAUGGGCCAGACGCAGGGUAAGCCGUCGUUGGUGGGGAGUAUGCCCGCCCAGUCGCCGAUGAAGGAUGGGGGGCAGAAGGAUGGCGGUGGGCCGGGACAAGGGGGGAGUAUGGGGAAGGGGCCGCAGCCGAAUGGACAGCCUGGGGGCCAGCAGCAGGGACCGGGGCAGGGUGUGGGUGGUAGUACUGAUCGGUCGCCGAGGAAUGGCCCGCCGCCGCCUGCGGGUGGGACGGCGCCCCCGACGCCUGUCCCGAGUAACCAGCCUACGCCGUCCCAAGGGCCUUCGUCUAUACCUGGGUCCAUACCUCCACCACCACAGUCCCAACAGCAGCCUACACCUCAACAACAACAACAACCCCCGCCCUCCCAACAGCAGCAGCAACAACAACAACAAGCGCAGCAGAACGCGCUCUCGAUGCUCAACCUGGGCAUGGGCGGCAUGGACAGCAUGAGCAUACCGAUGCCGGGGGACAUGAUGUUCCCCUCGGACUUUGGGGAGUUCGACAUGUUCAAGACGGAGGUGACGGGGGACAUUAAUUUCGAGCGGGACUUUGGGCAGUGGUUCAACCACCCGGAGGAUGCGCUGGGGGGCGGGAGCGAGAUGAAGUGA